AUGGCAACCCUUAAUGACGCACCCAAUGAUAAGGCUAGUUUGGCACAAAGUAAAAUAAAAAUAGGUACAGUACACCUUGCAAUGCAAGAACGCUUCAGGGACAGUUCCACUGAACUUGAACCAAACAGAACGGAUUGGCACAACAUUUUAGAAGAAGAGUUAAACUCAAACAACACCUCUUCACAAGGUCUUAUAGAUGUUUGGAAAGAAAACGCGUCUGAACAUCUUUCGGAAAAUUCAUCAGAACCAUCAUCAUAUCCUUGCAUAGAAGAUUCUAGACAUAUUACUAAGAAUAAGUUAUUAUAUGAGAAAAGUAAUCUAACUAAGGAUUUCUUGUCUCAAGAUAAGAAUAAUUUAGAAACAAUAUUAGAAAUUGAAAAUUCUAGAGAAUAUAUAACAAAAGACAGCAAUAAAAAUACUAUGUUUAGUGUAAAAAAAUCAAAGAUUGCAAUGCAACAAUAA